AUGUCUACUGAUGAUUAUCGUCAUAUACAUCAUAUUAUUUCAACUAAACCAUUACCAUUAUUAAAUUCCAAUGAAACAAAUCAUGCACUUCAUUAUACACAAACGAUAGACGAUGAAAAUGAGAUAUCAUAUAAUACAAAAUUACUUCAUCGUCGAGUUCAUUUAAAUAAUUUACCUGAUUAUCUUUUAAGUGGUGCAUCAAAACAACUUCUACUUCAUCGAACUCGAUCACCAUCAACAUCAUCUGUUUCACAAUAUGAUGAUAAUUCAGAAUUUUUUACUACUAAACAAGAUGAAAUUUCAAAUUCAUAUUCACCAUUAUCAUAUAAAAGACAUUAUGAUAAUGAGGAGGAUUUAACAAAUAUAAAUAAACGACAUGUUAUUAAAGAACGUAUUAUUCCAGUUGAUCAUCAACGUGCAACAAUUAUUCGUGAUGAAAAACCAACGCCUUCAUCAGAACCAUCACUUAAACGUUUAGCUCAAGAGACAGGUGGAGUUUUUUAUAUGGAAAAUCUUGAUGGUACAGUACGUUUGGCAACACAGGAAGAAAUUGAUUUCUAUGAUAAAGCACAACAGAUUUGGACAGCACCAGUUCCACCAGUACAACUAACUGCUCCAACUGUAAUUCCAGUUGCUCCUGCGCCACCACCAUUACCUGUUGUUCUCUAUCAACAACAACAACAACCACAGCAACUUGUCCCAGUACCUGCAAUAUUUGCACAGCCACGACCAAUUAUUCAUGCUCGUCCUAUUAUUCCUCCACAACCACAACAAAUUAUUCGUGCUCAUGCUAUUAUUCCUCCACAACCACAACAAAUCAUUCAUACUCAUUCUGUGGUUCCUCAACAAUCACCACGUGUAAUCGUUGAAGAGCAUCAUCAUCAUCAUCAUCAUCAUCCAACUCCUCAGCCACCUGAACCUGUACCAGUGUCACUAGCACUACCACCACCUCCUCCUGCACAUUUAACAACAACUGAAAUCACAGAAACAGUUCGUACUGUUCGACGGCGACGACCACGUGCAGCAGCAACUGAAACAAUUAUUGAACAAAAAGAGCCAAUUCGAGCAACGACAAUAACAACAGAAGAAGUAAGUGUUGACAAACGACGACCUCAAAUAGAAUUUGAAGAAGUUCAAAUUCAAAGUAAUGCAAUAUCGAAACCAAUGCGUGAAAUUAUUGUUGAACAUCAUGAUACUGUUGUUGUACCACAAGAAACAGAAAUUCCAUCGACUAUAGAAAUUGUCGAUACAAAACCCACAUAUAAAAUCGAUAAUGAAAUAACUGAAAUCCCAAUAGAAUCUAAACACGUAAUAAAAGGAAAAAAAAUUGUUGGUUCAAAAAUUGAUACAUGGAAUCGUGGAUAUAAACCUAGUGGUGGAAAUAUUAAAAUAUAUAAUAAAGGUUUAAAGUUUGAAGAUAAAGAAGAACCUAUUAUUGAUACAUAUGAUACAACUGUUACAAAACAUCAAGGUGUUAUUCAAAUUCGUACAGAUACUGAGACACCUGAAGAAACAACUGUUGAAGUUAUUACUAGACCAUUUGAAAUUGAACAAACUAGUCAAACUGUUACUGUUACUCGAGAAAUGAAAAAAUUACCAACUCCACCACCGCCGACACCACCAUCACCGUCGCCGCCACCACCUGAACUAAUUACAGUUAUUAGAAAACCUAUACCGCAAGUUCAAGUCAUAGAGGAAAUUAUUGAACCACCUGCACCGCAAUUUCAAAUCAUUGAUGAAAUUAUUGAACCACCUGUACCACAAAUUCAAAUCAUUAAAAGGAUUAUUGAACCACCUACACCGCGUGUUCAAAUCAUUGAGAGAUUUAUUGAACCACCACCGCCGCAAGUUCAAAUCAUUGAGAGAAUUGUUGAACCACCCGCACCACCUGUUCAAAUCAUUGAUGAAAUUGUUGAACCACCAUCACCUAGAGUUAUCAAAUUUCCUACUCUAUUUAAACGACGAAUUAAUCCUCCUCCAGUAAUUAUUCAAAAACCUAUAGUUUAUGAAAUAAUUACAACAGAAAUUGAAAAACCUCCAUCACCUCCGCCACCACCUCCUCCACAAAUUAUCGUAGAACAAGUUGAAGAAAUCAUUGAAGUGCCUACACCUCCACCAGUACCAGUUCAAUAUUAUUUAGCUCAAGAACAAUAUUUAACUGAAACUGAAUUUGAUCAAACAUUAACAAAAUCACCAGAGAUUUAUCCUACAGAAACAGUUGGCUCAAGUACAUAUGACCUUGAUUAUGAAAAACAAUAUGUAAAUUUCGUGCCACAACAAAUUAAUGAAUAUAAUCAAAUAGAACAAAUAUCUGGUUUUGAUCAAGAAAGUUUACCUUAUCAACAACUUCGUUCAAAUACAUAUGAUUUCGAUUAUGAAAAACAAUAUGCAGAAUAUAUUUCAAAAGAAUUUGAUGAAUUUCAUCCAUUUGAACAAACAUUAAAUUAUGAAUCAACAAAAUUAUCUCUUAAUCAAUUGAAUCCAACGGCUCAUGAUGUUGAUUUUGAAAAACAAUAUGCUGAAUAUUUGCCAACACAAUUUGAUGAAUAUCAUCAACCAGAACGAACAUUAGAUCGUUAUGUAACGAAAUAUUCUCUUAAACAACUUCAACCUGAUAUUUAUAAACUUGAUUUUGAAAAACAACAAGUACUCAAUGAAGCAAAUCAAUUUGAUGAAUAUCAUCAAUCAGAACGAACAUUAGAUCGUCAUCCAACAAAAUAUUCACUUAAACAACUUCAACCUGAUAUUUAUAAACUUGAUUUCGAAAAACAACAAGUACUCUAUGAAGCAAAUCAAUUUGAUGAAUAUCAUCAACCUGAACAAAUAUUAGAUCGUCAUCCAACACAAUAUUCACUUAAACAACUUCAAUCUGAUGUUUACGAUCUUGAUUUUGAUAAACAAUAUGCAGAAUAUAUAUCAAAUCAAUUUAAUGAAUUCAAUGAAAUUGAACAAGUAUUAGAUCGUGAUCCAACUAAAUAUUCUCUUAAACAACUUCAUGCAGAUAUCUAUGAUGAUGAUUUUGAAGAACAAUAUGUUACAUAUGAAACAAAUCAAUUUAAUGAAUAUAAUCAACCUGAACAAAUAUUAGAUUAUUCAUCAACUAGAUUAUCUUUUACAAAACUUCGUUCAAAUACAUAUAAUCUUGAUUUUACUCCUCAAUAUGCAACGUAUUCAUCAAAAGAAUUUCAAGAAGAUCAACCUAUUGAACAAACAUUAUCUUAUAAUCCAACACAAUUAUCAUUAGAUAAUGCAUCAGAAAAAUCUAUUGAAUAUUUACUUUUUAAUCGAGCACUUCAUGCUGUUUGUGAAUAUAUUGAUGAUACAAUUGAAUAUUCAACAGUAAAUUCAUUUGAUCAACGUAUUCGUCCAAAAAGUGUUCAAUUACCAAUAGAAGAAGUUAAAAUAAAACAUUUUCGUGCUAUAUCACAUAAACCACCAUCAAUUUUAUGGCGUCAUUUAACAAUAGAUAUUCCUAUUAAACGUCGAAAAAUCUUGAGAAAAAAAAUUGCAUGGGAAAAAAUUCAUCAUGCUGUUUCACGUAUUGAUUGUUGGAAUAGAAAUUAUCGUCGACAACCAAUAAAACGACAAUAUUUAAAAAUUCCAAAAACUUUUUAUCAACCAAAACCUUAUGAUACAUGGAAUGAGGAAUUAUCAUCAACUAUAACACAUCGAACUAUUCCAAGUCGUAUACCACGUGUUGAAGCUAAACCAAAAAUUGAUACAUGGCUAAGAAAACCAUAUAUUCAUCCUAUAUCAAAAGCGAAAAUCAUUCAUAAACCAAUAGAAAUUCAUGGUAAAACACGUGUUGAUACUUGGUUAAAAUUAUCACCUCGAUCAAGAAGUACAAGUGCUCGAAUUAUUCAUCGACCAAUACAAGUUACUGGUAAAAGUAAAGUUGAUAGUUGGUUAAAACCACCUAUACGUAAAGCUCAUAGUGCUUUUGAAAUUGUUCAUAAACCAUUACAUGUUAUUGGACGUAGUCGAAUUGAUACAUGGAGAAAACAUUCAAUACGUCCAACAUCUCAUUUUCAACAUAUUGUUCAUAGACCAAUACAAGUUCAAGGAAAAAGUCGUGUUGAUACAUGGCUUCGACAAGAUCCUACUCAUCAAACUCAAAUUAAACGAAUAGUUCAUAAACCUCUUGUUAUUCAUGCACGAAGUCGUAUUGAUACAUGGAGAAAACAACAAUAUGAAGAAAGAUCACAAUUACAAAAAAUUUUUCAUCAACCAAUACAGAUUGAAGGUAAAAGUCGAAUUGAUACAUGGCAAAAAUAUCCAACAAAUAUUCGGUCUGAUAUUUCUAAAAUUUUUCAUGAACCUGUACAAAUUAUUGGAAAAAGUAAAGUUGAUAAUUGGCUUCGAAAUUCAUAUCAUCCAAGAAGACAACAACAUAUAACUGAAAUUCAUAAACCAUUAAAUAUAAUUGCUCGAAGUCGAAUUGAUACUUGGCAAAAACAACCAUUAAAAACAAAAUCUAAUGUUGAAAAAAUUCUUCAUCAUCCAAUUCAAAUUCAAGGAAAAAGUCGAAUUGAUACAUGGCAAACAACAACAUUAAGACGACGAGCUCAUAGUGCUACUGAAAUUCAUAAACCCGUUCAUAUUAUCGGUCAAAGUCGAAUUGAUACUUGGCAAACAUCAGAAAGGAAACUUCAAACAGCUAAAAGUCGUCUAAUUCAUCGUCCUAUUCAAGUGGAAGGUAAAAGUCGAAUAGAUACAUGGCAAACACAAUUUUCACGUCAACGAUCUCAUAGUGCUAUUGAAAUUCAUAAACCUGCUCAUAUUAUUGGACAGAGUCGUGUAGAUACUUGGCGUACAUCGGAAAAAA